AUGGAGGAAGUCAUGAGCAGGCUGCAGACAUUGAGUGCAGAUCAACUACGGCAGGAGAUUAUCGGGGCAGGGCUGAAGUGUGGCCCCCUUACCCCCACUACAAGAGCCAUCUUUGAGAGGAAGCUGGCCAGAGCCCUCCUGGAGAAGCAAGGAGGGGAUGGAGGGGUGACUGAUAGAGGCAGCCCUAUCGCAGGGGGAACUUCACCUGUGAACCUGGAGAGGGCCAAUGAUUUCCGUAGCCCCCGCACCCAAGACCUGACAGCCAAGCUGAGGAACGCGGUGGAGAAGGGGGACAAGGAAGCCUUCAGCAGGCUGGUCUGGGCCAACCCACGCUACCUCAUUGGAUCUGGAGACAACCCCACCAUCGUACAUGAAGGGUGCCAUUACAAUGUUCUGCAUGUGGCCAAAGAGAACCAGUCAGGGAUGGUCCAGCUCCUCCUGGACACCCUGGAGAGUCCAGACUUCAUGAGACUCAUGUAUCCUGAUGACCAGGAGGCCAUGUUACACCAACGCAUCCGCUACCUCGUUGACCUGUACCUCAACACACCUGACAAAGCAAGCAAUGAAACUCCUCUUCACUUUGCCUGUAAGUUUGGAUGUCCAGACGUGGUCAACGUGCUGUGUUGUCAUCCUGCUACUGACAAACAGAGGCAGAACAAGUACAACCAGAAGCCCUCUAGUGUGAUAUGUGAGAGGAAAAACAAAACCCCUGUCAUAAAAAAGAAAAUCAAGGAAUAUUUGGAGGAACGGUGCUAUAUUCCCUUGCUGAGGGAUACCAACAACAGCUUCCAGCCUGUGAUUGGCUUGCCAUGGUCUCCAAGCCCAUUGGAGGUGGAUUUUAAUUCGCUGGGAUCUGCAGUGGUCAGGAGUCCCAUAGAGCCAGUCAUGACUGUGAAAGCUUUUGUGGGACCACUCGGUCCUUCUAAGGCAGAUGAGUUCCACAGACUAUGGAGAAUUCCACCCAGGGAUCGAGCAGAGUAUUUCCACCGUAUUCUCAAAUCUGACCCUGAACGGGGAGCAGAGCGUGUGGGGAGGGAGAUUGCACAUGACAUGGGGCAUCCUUGGGCAGAGUACUGGGACUUCCUGGAUAGCUUCCUUGACCUGUCUACAGAGGAGGGACUGAGGAGGUUGGAGGAGUAUCUGGAUAGGAAGGAUAUGGGAAGACAGAGGGGACUGGUGCUGGAUUUAAAACAUCAACCCCCUCCAAAGGAGCAGAACCAGAGCCAUGUCCCAAUCAACAACAUCAUGAAUAACAGAAGGAAAGAGAGCCUGGACCUGGGGGAUGACAGUUUCUGGAGGACCUGGGAGGGGAGCCAGGGGAAGAGGCAGGUAGAGGAGCUCUCCAACCCCAGCUCAGAGGAGUAUCUGACAGCAGACGAGGGCUCAGACUCUGAGUGCCCAGUGGCUAAGCUGGCCAAGGCCGACAAGGAGGAAAAGCUUGACUGGGACACCAAACUGUUCUCCCAGCAGGCUCAGCUUUUGCAGCCCCCCACACUCCUGCUCAGAGCUGUUACACCCACACCAUCCUCUGCAGGACCCUCUUCCGCUCCCCAAACUGACACAGGGAAACCACAAGAAAACAGGAUGUCACGUCCCAGGAUCUGA